AUGGACCAAACAAAAGCAACUCAUCGGGCUCUGCUAAAUCUUGAAGAUUAUCAUCAACGUGCAAAACAAAAACUAUCACAAAUGGCGUACGACUAUUAUUAUACUGGUUCUGAUGAUCAGCUCACGUUAACUGAUAAUCAAGAAGCAUUUCGUCGUAUCAAACUACGUCCGAAAGUACUGAUCGAUGUUUCAAAACAUGCAACGACAGAUUCGAUAAGUUGUAGAACACAAAUUUUGAAUUCAACAGCAACACUUCCAUUUCCAUGCAUCAUCGCUCCAACUGCUUUACAUCGUUUAGCACAUCAAGAACAUGGAGAAUUGGCGACUGUUCGAGCCGCUGUUGCUUGUUCGACCAUCAUGUGUGUGAGCACUAUUUCCUCAACGCGAAUGGAACUUAUUGCUGAUGAACAUCGACGUCAUAUCAGAGAACGUUAUCCUCAAAGUUCCUCGCAACUUUGGUAUCAACUCUAUGUAUUUCAAGACCGAGAAAUUACACAAAAGUUAAUUAAACGAGCAGAAACAUCUGGUUACAAAGCAUUAGUUCUUACUGUCGAUACCUGUAUAAUAGGUAAUCGAGAGUCCAGUGUGCAUAACAAAUUUUCUUUGCCUAAUGGUGUACGAGUAGAAAAUCUAGUUGACGAACGAGUCGAAUUAGCCGAAAAAUAUCAAGAAUUACCACGCGAUGCUUCUCUCUCAUGGAAAGAUUUGGACUGGAUACGAUCGAUUACUUCCUUACCGAUCAUUCUCAAAGGUAUUCUUCAUCCAGAUGAUGCCUGUCAAGCUGUGAAAUUUGGUAUCAAAGCGAUUAUCGUGUCGAAUCAUGGCGGACGACAACUUGAUACGAGUGUUAAUACAGUCGAUGCUCUAUCGGAUAUUAUCAAUGCUAUUGGUGAUCAGUCUCCUAUCGAAGUGUAUGUCGAUGGUGGUAUUCGACGAGGAACAGAUAUUUUGAAGGCAAUUGCAUUAGGAGCAAAAGCUGUGUUGAUUGGACGACCGAUUCUUUGGGGUUUGGCAGCCGAUGGAGAACAAGGCGUGAGAAAUGUGUUGAAUAUAUUGAAAAAAGAAUUUCGUUCCGCAAUGAUGUUAUGCGGUUGUCAAACAGUUGAUGAUAUUAGAAAAAACAAUCUAUUGAUGUUGAAUGAUAGACCUAUUCGAUCGAAAUUAUAA